CUCAAUGGCUGCGACUGUGAGAGACGCCUCUCCCACCUCCUCCUCUGUGGAGGACGAGCCCCGGCAGGAGGGCAGUCCCAGUGCUGAAUCUUUAGACAGACUCCUCCCGCCUGUGGGCACGGGCCGAUCACCACGGAAACGGACUACUAGCCAGUGCAAAUCAGAGCCACCCCUAUUGCGGACCAGCAAAAGGACAAUCUACACAGCGGGCCGCCCUCCCUGGUACAAUGAACAUGGGACCCAAUCGAAGGAGGCUUUUGUCAUUGGCCUGGGUGGAGGAACCGCCUCUGGAAAAACCACCGUGGCCAGAAUGAUUAUAGAAGCUCUGGAUGUUCCCUGGGUGGUCCUGCUAUCCAUGGACUCUUUCUACAAGGUGCUUACAAAGCAGCAACAGGAGCAGGCAGCCAGCAAUGACUUCAACUUUGAUCAUCCUGAUGCCUUUGACUUUGACCUGAUCAUCGCCACCCUCAAGAAACUGAAGCAGGGCAAGAGUGUGAAAAUUCCCAUUUACGACUUCACCACACACAGCAGAAAAAAAGAAUGGAAAACUCUGUAUGGGGCCAACGUGAUUAUUUUUGAGGGGAUCAUGGCAUUUUCAGAUAAGGAACUCUUGAAGCUUUUAGACAUGAAGAUCUUCGUGGACACUGAUUCAGACAUCCGCCUGGUCCGACGCCUUCGCCGGGACAUCAGUGAGCGGGGGAGGGACAUCGAAGGUGUCAUCAAGCAGUACAACAAGUUUGUCAAGCCAGCCUUUGAUCAGUACAUCCAGCCCACCAUGCGGCUUGCUGACAUUGUUGUCCCACGAGGAAGUGGAAACACAGUCGCCAUUGAUCUAAUUGUGCAGCAUGUUCACAGCCAGCUGGAAGAGAGGAAGCUACGCUGGGAUAUGGCAGCCCUGGCCUCGGCUCACCAGUGCCAUCCUCUCCCAAGGACACUUAGCGUGUUGAAGAGCACUCCCCAAGUGAGGGGGAUGCACACCAUCAUCAGGGACAAAGAAACCAGUCGAGAUGAAUUCAUUUUCUAUUCCAAGAGGCUCAUGAGAUUACUCAUCGAGCACGCUCUCUCUUUCCUGCCAUUCCAGGGCUGCACCGUCAAGACCCCUCAGGGACAGGACUAUGAAGGACGAUCUUAUGCUGGGAAGCAAAUCACUGGCGUGUCCAUCCUGAGAGCCGGGGAGACCAUGGAGCCGGCACUCCGGGCGGUUUGCAAAGAUGUCCGAAUUGGCACCAUCCUCAUCCAGACCAAUCAGCUCACAGGAGAGCCAGAGCUUCACUACCUGAGGCUCCCCAAGGAUAUUAGCGAAGAUCACGUCAUCUUGAUGGACUGUACUGUCUCCACGGGCGCUGCGGCAAUGAUGGCUGUCAGAGUGCUUCUGGAUCACGAUGUCCCCGAAGACAAAAUCUUCCUGCUCUCCCUGCUGAUGGCCGAGAUGGGCGUCCAUUCUGUAGCCUACGCCUUCCCGCAGGUCAAGAUCAUCACCACCGCCGUGGACAAGAAAGUUAACGAUCUCUUCCGGAUCAUCCCCGGCAUCGGAAACUUUGGAGACCGCUACUUCGGGACAGACGCGCCUCCUGACUGGAGCGAUGAAGAGGAGCCGGUUGGCACUUAGCUCCAACCAGCCUGGAGGAAGACUGCCCGCGACUGGGGCUGCCCCGGACUCUAGCUGCCUAGUCGCAGAGCUGAACGUGCACAGCAAGAGCCAGGGCUACCUAAGUUGGAGAGAGAUUGUGUUAUUUGGGCCCCGGUGUGGUUUUAGAAAGAGAUUAGUUUAUUCUAAUUUAAAUUUUGGCCAGUGUAACUUUAUUCAAAUGUUUUAUAUAAAAAAUAAAGUUUUAACCAGAUCA